AUGCCAACCUUACCUGAAGACAAGGGACAAUCAAAAGAGGCACAACACAAUAGUUCUCCUCCAGCCAAAGACACAACUGUUGAAGGGACAACAUGCAGUACACCUUCUAUUGUUCUUCCAGAGAAUGCUGUUACGCCAGAUGUAGAAAUUGAUAAAAAUCUGGUUAACAGGCCUCGUAGUCCUCAUAGGAGACAUUCUAACCGUGCCACUAGGAAUCCAACAUGUUCAUUGACUUCUGUUGACAACAGCGGUCAUGUGAUUGAUCUGGUAAAUGAUCAACUACCAGAUGUCAAAAUAUCAGAGGAAGACAAAAAGAAGAACCUUGAAUUACUAGAAGAAGCAAAGAAAGCGAGCGAGAGGUUUCUAAUGCGCAGAGGCAGAAAGUCAAGAAGCAGCCUUCCAGAGUCACCCACAGCAGUUUCCCCUACACUUAGUCCUAAAGUUUCACCAGUAGCAUCUCGGAGCAACUCUCUCUCUCACUCUUCCAGGUCUGAUGCAUGCACAGCCACUAGUGUCGAGUCAGUAUCUCCAGGGCAGAAUAACAGAACUGUGAAAGAGGAUGACAGGCAAACUGCAGAGAAUGCUGCAAAAGGAUUAAUUGAUCGAAGGCAGAAUGAUCAAAGAAAGAUUUCUCAGGGAAGGUUGGUUCCUCGUUCUGCUGGUAUUGAAAACUCCAAAGAGAAGCUCUCAGAACAAAAAGAAAAUUUUGAUCCACGUAAAUACAUGGAUACUUUACCUAAAUGCUCCCCUUCAGGUGGUGAUGGUGGCAGAAUGUCUCUUAACACUUGCAUGAAUGUUUGUGAAAAUGAACUUGGAAAAUCAUUCCUGAAGAAAGCAAAAGAAAAUGAUGUUCCUUUAAGAACCCAUCUACCAGGACCAGGCAUAGGAAAUACAGACUCAAAGCUAAAAAUUCCUGUUCCAGAAAUGAGGGACCAUAAAGUAUCAUGUAAACCAGAAUUUAAACUCUGUGGACUGCGUCCUCCUCUACUACGGGCUGUAUCAUGGGAUAGCUUGGAGCCUGGACAGAAAGAUAAAACACCUUUAAAAUUACCAUUUGAGGAAGAUAAAAGCUUUGUUGUUGGUAAUAAAUCCAGCAAUCAAUUAAAAGCAUUCAAAGACCUUCAAAUCCAAGUUCAACCGGUUCGAAUGCAGAAAUUGACAAAGCUCAGAGAGGAGCAUAUUUUGAUGAGAAAUCAAAAUUUAGUUGGACUUAAACUUCCUGAACUUAGUGAAGCAGCUGAACAGGAAAAAGGCCCUUCACCUCUCCCCUCCCCCACUGAAGAGGAAGAGACAAAGAAUAGCUCUGAUGUCAUGCCCAGCAUUCCUGAUGUAUUGCUGCGAAAACUACGAGUGCACAAAUCGCUUCCGGGAAGCUCCCCUCCACUUACUGAAAAAGAAGUUGAGAAUGUAUUUGUACAACUUUCCUUGGCCUUUAGAAAUGAUAGCUAUACCUUGGAAUCUAGAAUUAACCAAGCAGAGAGAGAGAGAAAUCUUACUGAAGAGAAUGCUGAGAAGGAACUGGAAAACUUUAAAGCAGCCAUUACG